AUGUCUCUCAAACAAGAAAUCGAGACAUGGGUGCAGGCCCUUGAUGCCUAUGACAACCAAGAGUUCGAGGAGUCACUGCGCUUCUUUGACCAGAUUGCCGACACUUCAAAAAUUCUGUUUAAUUGCGGCGUGAUCUAUGCGACUCUAGGUGAGCAUGAUAAAGCUGUAGAAUGCUAUCAACGGGCGGUUGGUCUGGAUCGAUACUUGGCCAUUGCCUAUUUCCAACAAGGCGUGUCCAACUUCUUACUAGGAGACUUUGAGGAAGCAUUGGCCAAUUUCAAUGACACCUUGUUGUAUCUCCGGGGGAAUACCUCCAUUGAUUAUGAGCAAUUAGGAUUGAAAUUCCGCCUUUUCUCAUGCGAGGUAUUGUUCAAUCGGGGACUCUGCUAUAUCUACCUUCGACAGAUGGAACCAGGCAUGCAGGAUCUCAAAUUCGCAGCACAGGAGAAAGUCUCGCCGGAUCACAAUGUGAUUGACGAUGCAAUCCACGAGAAUGCAGAUGGGUACACGGUAUUCUCUAUACCUGUAGGGGUUUUAUACAGACCCAACGCGGCCAAGGUCAAAAAUCUCAAGACGAAAGAUUACCUCGGCAAAGCACGACUAGUCGCCGCAUCAGAUCGAAACCAAAGUGCAGACCACCAAUGGAGGCCGAUGGUCAUUGACAAAGCAGCCCUAGAGGACCGCGAGGGAGUAUCAUGGGCAGCAACCAAUCUAGUGCAUAAAGGCAUCACAAGUCGUACUCGUCAACAUUCAGAACCCCCUCUCAACCGCAAUGUAUUCCCACCAACACCACCCCCAGACGACCGCUCCACUAGCAAUGGAUCUACAGCCCAAGGACCUUCACACACCCGAUCAUCCUCUCUUCGAAGUGCGAGACCACCUCGACUAGACCUCGAACGAACAGGCGCCAGUCUAGACCAGCAGCAACAGCAGCAACAGCAACAAGCAACACAACAGCCUCCACGAACAGAAAAACCACGAAUCGGCACUACAAGAACAGCAUCAGAGCCACGCGGCCCUUCAACACGCCAUCAGAAUAUGCGCGGCUUCGGCCAAGAUCCUAACCGCGCCUGGCCUCGCGAAACAAAUCAACACCGCCGAAACCUCAGCGACACCAGCUUCCCAGAACCGCAAUACCUCCAACCACAAUACGGCCAGCCAGACCCCUACCACAGCAACAGCAACAAUAAUAACAACAACUUCGCCAGUCCGCAAAGUCUUUCAAGUUCAGGCUGGGGCCGCGGACCCAGAUAUCAACCCCCGCAAUACAUCGACGAAGAAGACGAAUACGGCAGUGACGUGUGCGACGGCGAACCGCUCAAAGAAGGCGGAUUCGAAAUGGUAGUUGGCGCAGUAGUCCCCGGCGAGCCGGGAUCGAGCACAUCUCCGCACCAAAGACGAACGCGCUCUCCGGCGCGAUACUCAAGACGAGCGAAUUCGCGCAGACCUGAGGUGCGUCGGUUUCGGACGAAGGUGCAUGCGCCGGAUGAUAUUCGGUAUAUCAUGAUUGGGCCGACGGUGGAGUUUGCCGAGUUUGAAGCGAAGAUUCGGGAGAAGUUUGGGUUUCAGUGUCCGCUUAAGAUGAAGGUGCAGGAUGAUGGGGAUAUGAUUACUAUGGUGGAUCAGGAGGAUUUGGAUCUUUUGCUUUCUUCUGCGAGGGAGGUUGCUAGGAGGGAGGGGAGUGAGAUGGGGAAGAUGGAGGUGUGGGUAGAAGAACGAUCUAUGAUAUGA